AUGCCGGUCAUUCCUUCAGACACCACCAAUUUCCCAUCAACAGCCAGCAAUAGCUCCAACCAGAAUGAAUCGCAGAAGGCCACUGCUCAGGACCAUCUGUCUAAAGGACCACAAAUCCCGGACAAUAUGCCACCCAAAGCUUCCCGGGAGGAAAUCGAAGCACGCAAGAAAGAGCUGAACAAAUAA